AUCAAGCACAGAGAAGAAAUAGGCGACGACGAAGCAAAAGAAUCCUGAAGAAAAGAGCAUAAACGCCUCUAAUGGCGCAGGCUGUUCAGAAGAAUACUCUGUACGUUGGUGGUUUGGCGGAGGAGGUGAACGAGUCUAUUCUACACGCAGCCUUCAUUCCCUUCGGCGACAUCAAAGAUGUAAAGACUCCAUUGGAUCAAGCCACUCAGAAGCACCGUUCCUUCGGCUUCGUCACUUUCUUGGAGAAGGAAGACGCAUCCGCCGCAAUGGAUAAUAUGGACGGUGCUGAGCUCUACGGCCGUGUCCUCACUGUCAACUAUGCCCUCCCCGAGCGUAUUAAGGGUGGUGAACAAGGAUGGGCUGCCCAACCUAUUUGGGCGGAUGCGGAUACAUGGUUUGAAAGGCAGCAACAAGAGGAGGAAAUGCAGCGGAUUCAGGCGGAGAAUCGAGCAACUAUGCAGGCUGCUGAGGAACUGCACAGGAAAAAAGUAGCCCAAGAGCGGGAAGGGGAAAAAGAAGACGAGGUAGACACGAAGGACGAUCCCAUGGCUAAGGCUGAAGCCGAGGCAUUAAGACAGAACAGUUAAAAGAGGGUGAAGUUUAGUGAGAUUUGAACUUGCUUCAAUUCAAGUGAAAGAGAGAGAGGGGCAGAUCAUGGAAAACCAGCCGUUCUCUGAGCUUUCUAUUGCUAUUCACAAUGCUGAUAUGCAUGUUAAGCUUACGCAUUGUUUUGUUUCUGUAGUUAAUUCUAUUCACAAAGCAUAGUUUGAAAAGCUGAACAACGCUUACCUCUGCUGAAAACUUGUAAUUUUAUUGAAAGAAGAGCUAGAAAUCAGGAGUUUUUAAUGCGACAGCAUUGUUGUUUUAA